UUAUAAACACCUACAACACCUAAAAGAAGUCAUACACACACACAUCUUUCAAUAUAUCAUCUCCUCCUUCUUCUUCUUCUGUUCCCGGUUGGUUUCUAAAUCAUAGCCAAAAAUUAAUUAUAAGCAAUCACUUGUUUCUCACGUUGCAUUUAUAUAUAUAUAUAUCCGACCAGCAGAUCGAUUAGUUGUUGCAACGACUUAAAAUGUCUGAACUAGUGAUCGACCAUAAUGCGACCUCAAAUCCGAGCAGCGGUAACACACCAAGCGCGAAUUACCUCCCACACAAGGAGCUUUUUAGCUACUCAUCACCACGAAGCCCGUUGAGCACGCACAGCCCCGGGAGCGAUUCAAUGGAUGAUUUAGGCGUAAACAGCCCAGAAGACGCCGUCGAUACUUCCAUUGAGCAGUUGUAUAAUAAUGUCUGUGAUAUGCAAAGCUCAGACCAAUCGCCUUCUCGGUUUAGUUACUUGUCGUAUGGUCAAGAUUCACGUAUAGAUUCCGAGCUACGUUUUCUGGCUGGUGGUGAUUUCACAAAACCUCCUGUAGAUGUUACGAAUACAAAAGAAAGUACGGAUAGGGAUGCAACACAUGAUGAAUCAGGGUUUAAAGAGGCUGUAAAUGAAACUAGCCCAUUUAACCCGAAACAGAACACAUCCCCAAAUGCAAAAAACAGAACCAUUAGCCCAAAUAGCAGACCACCUUCUGGGAAAAAGAUUAUUGGGUCAAAAGCGGGUACUAAGAAACACGAAAAGAAUACGCCAAAUGAAGAUGUGGCGACUUAUUUGCUAAAGCAAGCAAGGGACUUAUUGUCAUUGGGUGAGAACACGAAAAAGGCUUUUGAAUUAGCUCAACGGGCUUUAAAUUCGUUUGAAACUAUUCAAUCUGAGAAGCCGAAUUUGGAGUUUGUCAUGUGUUUGCAUAUUGUAGCUGCUUUGCAUUGUAGUUUGGGACGUUACAAUGAAGCGAUACCUCUUUUAGAAAGAUCUAUCGAGAUUCCGAAUAUGGAUGAAGGCCAAAAACAUUCAUUGGCUAAGUUUGCAGGGUGUAUGCAGUUAGGUGACGCGUAUGCGAUGAUUGGGAAUGUUGAGAAUUCGAUACUUUGCUAUACCGCGGGUUUGGAGAUUCAACGACAAGUUUUGGGUGAAACCGAUGCACGGUUUGGAGAAACGUGUAGGUAUGUUGCCGAAGCGCAUGUUCAAGGGUUGCAGUUUGAUGAGGCGAAAAGGUUGUGCCAAAUGGCGCUUGAUAUUCACAAGAGUGGUUCGCCCGCUUCUUUAGAAGAAGCCGCGGAUAGGAGGCUUAUGGGACUGAUUUGUGAUUCGAUGGGCGAUUAUGAAUCGGCCCUCGAGCAUUAUGUGUUGGCGAGUAUGGCUAUGUCGGCCGAGGGUCAUGAUGCUGACGUGGCGGCUAUUGAUGUGUGUAUCGGGGAUGCUUAUUUAUCGUUGGCCCGUUAUGAUGAGGCGGUUUUUUCGUAUCAGAAAGCACUUAAUUUGUUUAAGUCCACAAAAGGCGAAAACCACCCAUCAGCUGCUUCUGUUUUUGUCAGAUUGGCUGAUGUUUACAACAAGAUUGGGAAGUUUCGGGAAUCAAAAUCGUAUUGCGAAAACGCCCUACGGAUUUACAUGAAGCCAGUCCCGGGUAUCUUGAAAGAGGAAAUCGCUAGUGGUUUGAUUGAAGUUUCGGCUAUUUACGAGUCAAUGAAUGAACUUGAUCAAUCCCUUAACUUACUCAAAAAGGCACUCAAGGCAUAUGGAAAGGCACCGGGCCAUUUAAGCACGACGGCUGGAAUCGAGGCUCAGAUCGGGGUUUUGUAUUACAUGAUGGGGCGGUAUGUGGAGUCGUAUGACUGCUUGAAGACGGCCAUUUCAAAACUGAGGGCGGUCGGAGAGAAGAAAUCUGGUCUUUUUGGGGUGGCUUUGAACCAAAUGGGGCUCGCAUGUGUUCAGAUUCACUCGAUAAACGAAGCUGCUGACCUUUUCGAAGAAGCAAGAGGCAUUUUGGAGGCCGAAUAUGGCCCUCAUCACCACGAUACGUUAGGGGUUUAUAGCAAUCUUGCUGGUACCUACGAUGCCAUGGGCAGUCUUUAUAGGUGGAACGACGCAAUCGAGAUACUAGAGUACGUUGUCGGGAUGAGAGAGGAGAAGCUCGGGACAGCAAACCCCGAUGUGGAUGACGAGAAGCGGAGGCUGGCAGAGCUACUUGAAGACGCGGGCCGUCACCGGAACAAGAAAUCAUUGUCACUUGAAUUUCUUCUUGACGGCUGAUAUCUUUUUCAACAUCUGGUUCCUUAGUAAAUAUCAUAACUUUAGUGUUGGGAUUUCAUUUUCUAUUGUGGUUGCACCAAAUCGAGCUGUUAGAGUAAUGCUUUUCCUUAUUGAGAUUUUUGUGUCAAUAAAUAAGUGGAAAUUUGUGUUUUUCUGAUUGUAACAUUUUCUAUAACUUUGAAAGUGAUGUCCUAUAUAACGUAAUUCAUAAUCAUUACUGUAACAACACUGUUGUAUCUCUGGGAUUCUUGGAAAGAAAACACAUUAUCCAAUAA